CUCCUAAGCUAUUUAUCUUCCUCGUUAUCUUCCUCGUUAUCGAUAAUGACCUCCAAAGUCCAGUCACCACCAUCUCCUAAUUCACUCCUAAGGCCAUAUUAAAGAGCCAUGGGUGACGUCAAAUUAAUCUCGAACCUGUAACCCGUCCAACACGAAAUCCAAUAUAACACCCCAACUCCCAACCACCACCUCCACCGCAUGCCUCCCAACGAACCCACCGCUGUCCGCGAAAAGCUCCACGAACAAUCCCUCCGCAACCGCGACUCCAUCCGCUACCACCGUCACCACCCUCCUCCCGGUCCUCGCACCACCUCCCGCCGCCCCCUCAUCGACUACGUAACCAACGAAUGGCAAACCCGCAAUAACCACCUCGCCGAUCCCGCCCUCAACCCCGCCGAAUUCGCCGACGAAGACUACACCUCCUUCCUCUCCGACCUCUCCGACGCGCCCCCUCCGUGGCUCCCGCUCCUCCUCCGCCUCCUCCGCGCGCGCCUCACCCGUCGCGCCCGACGGUGCCUGGUCGCGUGCCUCGUCUUCCUGGUAUUAGUCUGCGUCGCGUGGACGCUGUGGGUCGGGCCGAACCUGGCGGAGGCGACGGCGCUGGAUCGGAGUCUGCAGAGUGUAAGAAGGAGUGAGCAGUACUUCGGCGGGAACGGAGCGGUCAGGUUAGAGGGGAUGAGGAAUGUGGCGGGGUUGGAGGGGCGGUGGGUGCCGGGGAGGGGGGAGGCGAAAGGGGAGGGGGUAGGCGCGGAUAAUCGGUUGGUGAUCGUGGGGGACGUGCACGGCUGCCGGGAAGAGCUAGAGAUGCUACUACGAAAAGUGGAGUUUCGGGAGGGGUUCGACCAUCUCGUGCUCGCGGGCGACAUGAUCUUCAAGGGUCCGGACUCCGGCGGCGUGGUGGACCUUGCGCGGCGGCUGGACGCCUCGGGCGUGCGCGGGAACCACGACGACCGCGUGCUGCUGGCGUACGCCGCGCUUAAGCGGAAGGGCGCGCUGGCGGACGUCGAGAGCGCCUCGGAGGGGGGGAAGGCGCCGGGGGAGAAGCAUCGGAAGCUGGCGCGGGAGUUGACGCAGGGGCAGGUGGAGUGGUUGGAGGGGUGUCCGGUGAUUCUUGACGUGGGGGAUAUAGAGGGGAUAGGGCAUGUGGUGGUGGUGCAUGCGGGGUUGGUGCCGGGGGUAGCGCUGGAGCGGCAAGAUCCGUAUCAGGCGAUGAAUAUGCGGACGAUUGAUCUGGGGUCGCGAGUACCGAGCGAGGGGACGGAGGGGACAGCGUGGGACAAGGUCUGGAAUCAUCAUCAGAAACAUAUACAUCCUGCCUCUGAUAGGUUCUUUGCAGUCUAUGGGCAUAAUGCAAGACGGGGGUUGAAUGUGCAGGAUUACUCGGUGGGGCUUGACACAGGAUGUGUGAAGGGGGGGAUGUUGACCGCUUUGGUUAUAUAUCCAGGGGGGAAGCGGGAGGUUGUCAGUGUGGACUGCAAUGGGCCGAAGGAAUAGGUUUGUGCCUUUGAAAUUGGUGUCUGGAUACUGGAGUCUGGACUGAGAGCUUCUUAGAUUGUCCAGAAGCCGAUUCUGUGCCUGUUUGAGCAGGCUAUUGGACGGCUUGGUACAAAGGAUAGAUACUGCGAGCCAGGACAUAUAAUCGCAGAUGAUCCGGUUUCGAUCAGGAUACAAUAAUGCAAUGUAUUACAACAGCCGUUGAUGUUCGCGGCUGGCAGCUAGGAUGACAAUAGCUGAAACUAAU